AAAGCUGAUGCCCAACAACGAACCAACCAACCAACCAAUCGUUGUCCUGUCAAAACGCGGGUCAAUCAUCAUCGUCUUGGCUGUCGUUCGCAAAAAUUUCCUCGAAAAUAAAACGGAAAGUCAAAGUUUCGUUACUUGAAGUCGUUUAGAUCUUGCUGGCGGCGCCCGCGGGAGUGCUUUUUGUUUUUGGCGGUUUCGGUAUUUUUUUUGUUCUGUCGAGUCGGGUAAAACGAAAAUCUAGUUAGCCGUGCCGUGCUGCUCGGGAAACAACGCCAAAAAUAACAAGCAGACAAAAGUGCAUUUUUCACUGUCAGCUCGCCGUGAAAUGCGAAAUCCAAAGCGCUUAUCAAACUACAUCGCAUCUCGUUGAGUCGUCGUUGAUAACAGGGAAGAGAUGGUGUAGGUGUUUCGGGGUUUCCCUCCAUCCGUUGUUGAUGAUUACUACUUUAUAAUGGUGAAGCAGUGCUAGUGGGUUUGAGUGUCGGUUGUGAAACAAAAGAGGAAAAUAAAAAUAAUAAUAAUAAUAACAGUGGAAAAAAGUGACGUUGAAUGGAAGGAAAAUGAAUUAUUGGACGAAGAAGUGAAAAUAAGUUGUUUCUGUGUUAGCGGAGUUUUGGAGCAGUUCCAGUGAACGGCCCAAGAAGUGGUGAGACGAAAAAAAAAGUUGCCAAACCAGCAGCUGUUCGGUUGCUUCUCAAUGUUGUGAAGGUGGAAAAGUGGCUGUCGAGAAGCAAACGACCGACGACCGACGACCGACCGACCGCACCUUGCUCCAGGAACCCGCAUCGCCUUCGCCGCCUUCCGUGACGGUGCGACGGCGAUAAAUUUUGAUUAGACAAUCCGGAGGUCCCGCGGUAAGCAAAGCCAAAUGAUUUAAGACGGUAAUCACAUAAUUGAGCCUGGCACAAGGACAAGUGGAAGCGGAAAAAACUCCAGCUUGAAAUCCAUUGAAAAUGAAGUGACACACCGCCAGUUCGCGCGUGAAUACUCUAGUUGAUCAGCUCAAGUAGCGUUGAAAAGUUGAAACCUACCUCCCGGAUCCCGGAUAGUUGGCCCGGUUGUGUCUGGUUUUGGGCUGAUACUCCGAUCCAACCGGUACAACACCGGCCGCCUAGGCAAAGUUCUCCGAGGAAAAGUUACAAAAACCAAAAUGAGCCCGUCAUUCAGAAUUAGUUUGACAUCGUCGGUGCUGCUGGCGAUGGCCCUCUGGAUGUGCCUGCUGGAAGAUGUGUCAGCGUUCCAACCGGAUUUUGCCGAACCAAUUAUCAACAUCUCGGUGGCCAUCGGACGGGAUGCGACCUUCACCUGUCACGUACGGCACUUGGGUGGUUAUCGGGUCGGCUGGGUUAAGGCGGACACCAAAGCCAUCCAGGCGAUCCACGAGAAUGUCAUCACCCACAACCCGCGGGUUUCGGUGUCCCACGCCGAUCAGAACACCUGGAAUCUGCACAUCAAAUCCGUCACCGAGGAUGACCGGGGCGGUUACAUGUGCCAGCUCAACACGGAUCCGAUGAAGAGUCAGCUCGGCUAUCUGGACGUGGUAAUACCGCCGGAUUUCAUCGCGGAAGACACUUCCUCGGACGUGAUUGUACCUGAGGGAAGUUCGGUGAAGCUCACCUGCAGAGCAAAAGGCUACCCGGAACCCGUAGUGACGUGGCGUCGCGAGGAUAGCACCGAAAUCGUCCUCAAGGAUGCAGCCGGCACCAAACAGGGCGUGAACUCCUAUCGCGGCGAGGUGCUGAAGCUGACCAAGAUCUCACGCAGCGAAAUGGGCUCGUAUCUGUGCAUCGCAUCAAACGGAGUGCCCCCGUCGGUGUCCAAGAGGAUAUCACUCAGCAUUCACUUUCAUCCGGUGAUUCAGGUGCCAAAUCAGUUGGUUGGUGCACCCCUCGGAACCGACGUGUCAAUUGAGUGCCAGGUGGAGGCCUCACCUAAAUCCAUCAACUACUGGGUCAAAGAUACAGGAGAAAUGAUUGUGUCGUCACCCAAGUACCAAGUGCAGGACGUGGCCAAAUCGAUGUACGAAACCAAAAUGAUGAUGACCGUCCGUUCGUUCCAGAAGGAGGAUGUCGGAUCGUAUCGUUGUAUCGCGAAGAACUCACUCGGCGAGGUUGACAGCAGCAUUCGACUGUACGAAAUCCCCGGUCCGAAUCGCAAGGUGUAUGCUCCGAAGUACGGAACCGACCAGAAUGACAUCGUCAAGCCCGGCCACCAAGCCGGCGGCGGCGGCGGUAAAUCAAAGCAGUUCUAUCCGCCGGACGACGAGGAGCAGCAGUACGGCGGGGGUUCGGCGGAGGACUUUGACGAGAUCGUUGACACGAUGCAGCACCAGCAUCACCACCAUCAGCAGCACGGCGGUGCGAGACCACCAACGGCACGGUCACCGUUCGGUUCGCUGGAUCAUCCGAACAGCGUCAACGGGGGGACGGUCACCGGAAACAACCGCGGUAGCAACGGAAUGUCAUCCAUCGGUGGUGGCUCUAGCAACGGUGGUGGCGGCGGCAGUAGCAGCAACGGUAACAAUAAAAAUCUGAUAGCACUGAUGAAUGAUAUCGGUACAAGGAAACCGUUCGUUAUUCCGCCGGGCCGAGGAGCCGACGGUAGUCUGGAGGGUAGCAACGGAGCACGGAACCGCUUUGGUACCGGUACUGCGGAUCGACUGCUGGUAAUUCUUCUGGGAGCCAGUUGGUUCGCGAUUUACUGUCGACGGCACAGUUUAGUGUAGGAUGGCACCGGACAGGUAUGAGUGGAUUAUCGGUAAUAAUAGGCUCCUAGGCAGGCUACAAUAGGCUCUAUUAAUAGGUGCAACAGGGGACACAGAGUGCUCUAAAAUUUAGAACUACGCAGAACGGGAUCGAGUAUUGUUCUUCCUUUGUUACCGAGCUAUAUUAGUAUGAUAAAUAGAGGAAAAUAUAUCUUCAGGGGACAGUGUUAAGGGGAAUGGGAUUUCGUUGUACACUGGAUGUAAAUUGGAGUAAUAAUUGAAGGAUGUAAAGAUUAGAUUAAGCGUGUUGCGGAUUAUGCGACACCAUGAAAGGCCAAAUAAUUGUUUCACCGCGUUCUGUUAUCUGACCUGUGGUUGCGGAUUAUGUCACAAAUGCUGCAAAUGUGUAUUUUGCCGAAUUCCCCGAAAGUUUAUCGAAUCGAAUACACUGACAAAUGCUGUCAAUCGGCACUAGUUAGGCUACUGCUACUGCUACUGUUGUGCAUAAAUCAAAACUCGUGUGGAAAGGGAACCGCAAUCUUUUCAUCAUUAAAAAUAAAAUGAAUUUCAUUCUUCCAGGUGAUUUUAGUACUGGGUUAAUCCCGUUGAAAACACUCGGUUAAUACCAGUCAAUUGCGAUCUAGAAGUAGCUUUAUUCGGAACUGUUAGAAAUUUAAUUUAAAAGGCGGGUGGGUAAUGCCAGAGACAUAACUGGAGGAUGAUAAUACGAACAAAACAAACAUGCUUCUUUCACACCUCCGAAUAUUAAUAAUCGUUCUUGUUAGUUGAUUGAUUGUGUGAAUUUAGUUUCAAAUCUUACCAAGGUACCAGUUCCAAAAAUCUAGCUCCAGAAUCUAGAAUUAGGAUUCAGUUUCAGAAUCAGAGUUUUAACUUUUGAACCCGUAUUCUGGAACUUAAUUCUGAAACUACAUUCUAAAACGAAUAAUUAAGCUAAAAAUUCAGGUGGAAUUUGGUUCCAAAAUUCAGUUUUAGUUUUAGUUCCAAAAUCCAAUCCAAAUGAGACUCCAAACCGUCGUCUCAGUGCGAAAAAAGGUAAACAAGCUUGAAGAAGUUUUCUGCAUUGUUUCCAAAAGAACUAUAAAUUCAGUUCCAAAAUCUAGUUCCAGAAUCCAGCUCCAGCAUGCAGGCUCUGAAUUCUAAACCUGUGUUCUGGAACUAAGUUAACUACCGAAUUUAAGUCCAGAAUUUGUGCUGUGAAUUGAAGGCGACUGCUCAUCCCGACGUCCGAAGUCCAAAUUCGCGCACGAUCUGAGCGUUUCACGUUUUCUACCUGGUUUGUUUUUGCUUACGUUGGUGGGACAUCUCGACAUCUAGUUCCAUCUAAUGCACUAAAAGAAAUGAACGAUAUUCGAUCAAAGUUUACCUUUGAUAUUCGUCCAGUAGAAUAUUGGAACUGAUAUGUGCCUGACUACCUCAAAACCGUUAUCUGAGUGCGAAAAAGACAAGAAAGCGUGAUCAGUUUUAUUCAUUAUUUCCAAAAGUUUUAUUAAACUUUGUUUUUCUCUUAUUUAUGGUUAUAUCAAACUGUUGAAAAUUUAAUAACAAAUUCCUGAUCAUACUUUCGAUAACUUUUAGAAAAAAAAGUACGGGUGUGUAAUGUCAUAAUGAAUUUAUGCUUCCGAAUUCGAAUUGGUAGUUUGAUCGAUUGUUUGAACUGUGCAACUUUCCCCUCUUCCAUUACUAGAAAUUUAAACGAUGCGCUUAGACUAAAUUACAGAUUAGUUACAUUAAACAUUCUGAAACGCAAUUAAAUAUUAUGAAAUAAGCAGUAUAGUUCUUUAUAACUAAUAAAAUAAUGGUGGCUCUGAAAAGAACUUUUUAUGAAAGCGUUCGUGAUGAAGAGUGACGAGUUGAGUUGGUUCAGCACGCAGACUCUGAAUUCUAAACCCAUAUUCCGGAACUAAGCUCUGAAACUUGAAGACGGUUUUUCGCUUGACUACCAGAAUGGGUUGUAUAGAAUACAGUAAAGUAAAUUUCCGCAUAAUUCUUUAGGAGUAUUAUUAUGUCUGGAAUAAAGAACUGGACCCUGAGUUCAAGAACUAAAUUUAGAACCAAUAACAGACUCAGAAUCCAGUUUCAAUUCUAGAACUGCAAUUUCAGUUCCGAAAUAAAUAAAUAAUGAUAGGUGUUUUAGUUACUCUUGUUUUACAUACUAAUGUUUAAUCAUAAUAUUUAUAAAAUGUCCACCUACUUAUAACUAUCCCUAACCUAAUACCUACAAAUUUUGAAUUAUUUGUAUUUCAGAGAUUGAGCACCUCUCUUCAAAUUUCGUGCAGUAUUGUUCGAAUUUUCGUUCUAGUAUAUCCAGUGAGGCCAUCUCAUGUACUUCAUAGUCCUUGUCCAAGGGGGUAGAUUUAGAAUCAUCUUUAAGAUCUUACUUUGAAUGCGCUGAAGCCUAAGUUUGUGUGUUCGUGCUCAGCCCCGCCAAACAGGGACUGCGUAUUCAAUUGCGGGGUAGAUGAUUUGUUUAUAGACAGCCAUCUGAUUCUUCAGGCACAGUUUAGAUGUUCUACAAAUCAGCGGAUACAGAGACCUGAUGAGUAUGCUGCAUUUUUGAACAAUUUUGUCAACAUGUGACCUGAAUAUCAGAUGUCUGUCAAAGGUGAGUCCUAGAUAGAUAAAGCUUGCUUCAGAUAGAACUGGAACAAAGAAAAUUGCAUGUAUUUCAGUUAUUUAUUAUUGAAUUCAAGAUCUUUUUUAUACAAAUGUAGCGUUUUCUUCAUACUUUUAAGAAAAAAUACGGAUAUAAUUAUUCGUCACGGUUUCGAAGGAAUUCUCGAAUUUUUCCUGUAACACGGCUCAUUAGGCGGUGCACACCUUCUUCGUCCAUCGUUUUAGCUAUCUUAUUCCACCAGGUCGUCAUCUGAUUGAUGUCUUUGACAACCUUUUCCUUUGCCUUGAGUCUCCUCUUCAUGAUUGCCCAGUAUUUCUCAAUAGGGCGGAACUGGGGGCCCACCCACCCAACUGGGUUAAGGUUUUUCGGAACAAACUGGAUCUCUGCAUACCAUUCUUGAACGACUUUGCUGUAAUGACAGCUUACCAAAUCUUGCCAAAACAUUACGGGAUUGUCGUAGGAUCGAAUGAACGGUAAAAUUCGUUUUUGGAGAAACUCUUUUUGGUAUAGUUCCGAUGUCAUUGUCUUAUUUGUAACGAAAACUUUCAUUUUUUUGCCACAGCUGCAAAUGCCCUGCCAAAUCAUAAUUUUUUCUUGCAAAUUUGUCGGCAAAAACAAAUUUAAAUUUGGCUAUAACAUCCCCCGAGCCGUUGCCAAGUAAAAUUUUUGACCUGGGAUUUGCCCGAAGUCAGCCUUGACAUAGGUUUCAUCGUCCAUCAGAAGACACCCGUCGAAAUUAGUCAGCACCUGGUCAUACAGUUUCCGAGCACGAAUUUUGACCACACUAUUCUGUUUUAUGGUCCGAUUUGGCUGUUUGCUAGCUCGAUACGACUUGAUUCCUUUCCGGAGUCGAGUUCUCCUCACGGUACUAUGGGCAGCACCGAAUUUUCUGGCCAAAUCACGGUCCGACAGAUUAGGAUUCCUCUUAAUCGUCUUCAAAAUCUUACCACGAAGUUUCCGGUCGACAGUUCCACUCCGACGAUUGACUUGAGGCUUCCGAAUCGUCGUCAAUGUUUCCUUAUUCCGUUUGAUAACGCGCCAUACGGUAUUUCUGGGCAAUUUCAGCUGUUUAGCUAGCCUAGAUGCAGCCCACAAUGGAUUUUCCAAAUAACUAUGCACAUUUUUUUCCCUUCUUUCGGCUUCCAUGUUGAUUGUUUACAAAGUACAGUCGAUUUGCGGAAUGUCAAAAAUCAUACAUGAAGAUUGUUCCAGAUGGAAGUAAGUUGCUUUUUUACCACUUAGAUAUUUUAUAAAAACCUAUCAUAUAACAACAAUAAUUAACUUUCUAAUACAAUUAUUUUGAUGCUGUAGACAGUGAACCAAUGUUGAAUUCAAUAUCUAGUAACAGCAAAUCAAUACAUAUCAACCGAACUGGAUCUUGUGCAAUAGUUCAUCUCCUAUGGCAAGAAAACCAAUUCGACAUCGGAAAGACUAAACGCGAAUUUCUAGAUAAUAUUACGAAAACAAAAAUACUUUCAUCGCUUCUUCUUCCUAAAUCUCCUUACAAUUAUCCUGUCACUGAAGUAAACUCACAUAGAAGGAGUUUCCAACCGAAGUGGAUAACAGAAGAUGGUUUUGUUUUCUUGGCAUACUCAACAAGUGAAGAUGGUGUGUACUGUAAACCAUGCUGGUUAUUUUUCCACGAAGGUGUCGGGAAAGGAUACUAUCAAAAUCCUGGAAAAUUAGUCAGUAUUGGAUUUCGAGACUAAAAAGAGGCCAUAGAAGUUACCAGAAAGCAUAUUGACACGGAACAUCACAAAGAUUGCGUUGUACGAGCAACAGAGUUUCUUGAAGUAUUAGUUGGUAAACAGAGAUGGCAUUUCACAAGAGUGAUACACGCUAAAGUCAGAUUUUUGCCACAACGAGGAUGCAAAAAACGAAGCACCGCACAAAGAGGAAAGCGCACUUCUUCUCAGUGUCGAAUAGACAGCAUUUGAGUGUGUGCUUGUGGUUAAAGCAGCUGGCGCGAGUGAAACACAUUCUCUUCGCAUGAAUCGCUCACACGCGCUCUCGUCUAAAUACACCCAAGUGACCACUGACGCUUGAUGGUGAGCGAACACUUCUGUGAACUUCAAUUAAUAGAGAGUAGAUCUGGCCUUGCCAUGAAAAAUUUGCAAGGAAAACCGAAAAUUUUACGAUAAAUUGUUUUAUUUUGCUGAUUUUGCGUGUCCACGCUUCAUCUACGAAAACCAUACAGCAGAGUGCUCACCGGCGUGUACACCUCUGUGAAAGUAUCUGCAUCCACCUCAGAGAAUUUAUUAGCUAAUGCUCUAGCACUUUGGUGCGAUUCAGUGGAGAAGGUAAAAGGAAAUAAACAAACGCACUCAUGAUGCGUGCACACUUUACACAACAGUGGUGUAUAUAUGUGAAAGAGAAGAGCUCUCGUUGAAGUUGUCAGUGCGAGGAGAGAAAUUUUGCUUGCUCUUCGUCACACAGAGGAGAUAGACAUGUCUGUUGGUAAACAGCAUUGUAUAUCGACUUAACUAGAUGCCCAACGUGCUAAAGAGAAGGAAGAAAACAGAGCAGCUCUUAGACCCAUUAUUGAGACAGUUCUUUUUUUGUGCAGAGCAGGAAUUGCCUUUGAGAGGAGACAGUGAUAGUGGUGCUUUUUCUUCGACACGUCCUGAAAAAAAGGAUGGAAAGUUUCGGGCCCUUCUACGUUUUCGAAUCAAUUCUGGCGAUAAAAACCUUGAGAGACAUAUUAUGAACAGGGCAAAAAACGCUACUUAUUUGAGUCCAAAGAUUCAAAACGAAAUUAUUCAGACAUCAUCCGAAAUCGUUACAAAAAGAAUUUUAAAUAAAGUCAAUAAUAGUGGUUGGUUCAGUCUGCUCGGUGAUGAAACCAUGGAUAUAUCGGGUACUGAACAGCUUUCAUUAUGUCUGCGGUAUGUUGAUUUCUCACAAGAUCCGUCGUGCCCUGUACUAAGAGAUGAUUUUGUUGGCUUCGUUGCUAUCGAUGAUCAGUCUUCCGAGAAUCUGACCGAAGUUUUACUGAAGCGGUGCAGCGAGCUCAACUUAGACAUGAGUAAGUGUGUUGACCAAGGAUAUGACGGAGCAGCAAACAUGGCAGGUCACUUGAGUGGAGUUCAAAGAAUAAUUAAAAACCAAUAUCACAAAGCGAAAUAUUAUCAUUGUGCCAGUCACCGUUUAAACCUUGCGGUGUCAAAUGCGAUGUCAACACCUGAGAUACGCAACUGUCAUGGAACCGUUGGUCAAGUUGUUAGUUUGUUCAGGAACUCAUCGAAUGCUAGUAAGACCUUCAAAGAAAAAUAUAGAAGUACACGCUCCAGAAAUAAACAAGAAACGACUGCUACGCCUUUGUGAGACCAGAUUUGUUGAGAGACACGAAAUUAUAAUUACAUUCAUGGAACUGUUUGAAUGCAUUGCUAUAAGUCUGGAGGAAAUCGCAGGCAAAACUUGGUCCAUAUCUUCUACAGCAUCCACUCUUCUCGCCGAAAUUCAGAAAAGUGAUUUCAUCGUGAGCCUCGCAGUUUGUGAUAAGCUGCUUAGUCUAACUCUUCCAUUAUCUGUAUUUCUACAGGAAAAGUCAUUGGAUUUCGUCUCCGCAAUCAACCGUACAAAGGAAAUUAUACAUUCACUUGGUCAAAUUCGGGAAACUGCGAAUAAUUUUUUCAGCGAAGUUUUUCAAUAUGCCUCGCAGCUUGCUGAAGAAUUUUUUAGUACAGAACUUCGGGCACCAAGAGUAGUAUCCCGACAAAAAAAUCGUGCCAAUCCGCAAAGUUCGUCGAGUGAAGCGUACUUCAGAAUAACAGUAUGCAUUUCCUGCAUCGAUACUGUAUUACGAAAUUUAAAAGAACGAUUUCUUGAAAACGAAGACAUUUUGCCAAGUUUUCAACUGCUUAUUCCAGGUUAUGCUGAUGUAAGUAAAGCAAAUGAGAUGGAAAAGUUGGCUCCAUACUUCUAAGAUCGGAUGUCAUCAUCUGCUGUGAAAGCAGAAUAUAGAUUAUGGUGCGCAAAGGUGUCGUCGAUUGACUCUUCGACGGAAGUUUUGAAACUUUUAGAGUAUUGUGAUGAAACGUACUUCCGGGCUAUGAAACUACUUCUCACCGUUUUAGCUACACUUCCUGUAACAACGGCUAGCGUAGAAAAAUCGUUUUCUACUAUGAAAAGAAUAAAAACUCUACCUCGAAGUGUGAUGAGUGAUGAAAGACUUAGCGCACUUUCUAUGCUUUCGAUUCACUGGGAUAUUGCAGUUGAUCCUGAACAAGUCAUCGAUAUUUUAUCAGAUAAUAAAUUAAGAAGAUUACUUUUUUGAUCACGAUUAGUAAAUCGUCUUAUAUGAUUUAUUUAUGCAUACUUUUCAAUCUGUGCAUACACUCUUCUUUUCGCCCUUGCCACACUUCCACGAAACAACACAAAACAUACUAAAUGCUCGGUAAACAGAUACAGAAAUUAUCAUCAAGUUUUUUUUUUCUUUCAGAUAGGGCCGCAUCGAUUUCCAUCGGGGAAUCUAGUGGCAAAUCGAUAUUAAUAAGUUGGUCGGCGAUAUGUUGAAAUUGGCCACAGUCGGUGCGAUAAUAGUUCCUCCUAGGUUGAAUAGGCACUGUUUCUGGUGAAGAUCCCAACGUCAAUAUUACUGGAAAGUGGUCGGAAGAGAGCUCGUUGAAGAUAACCGGAGAGCUGUCUAUGGCGAUGUUGCUGAUGAAUAUAUCCAUAAUGGAAUGAACUCCCGAUCUGGAAAGUCGCGUUGGUUGAUCCGGAGCGAGGAUGUUGUACUGUCCAGCUUCGUAAUCUUCGGCAAGUACGAAUCCGUUUCGAUUCUGUCUUUUGUUUCCCCACAGCUCAUGCCGUGCGUUCAGGUCCCCAGCAAUGAUGAAUUUGUUCUGUCGUCGAGUGAGCAUAGCCAGAUCUCGCUUCACGUACCAUCUCGAAGAUUGGUUUGUUUGGGGCAGUACGCUGCAAUGAUGAUGAUGGGUCCCAUCGUCGUUGUAAUCUCAAUUCCGAUGGCUUCUAUUAGUUGCAAUUUAAAGGCUGACAGAAGCCUGUGCUGAAUGGAUCGUUUAAUGACAAUGGCAACUCCCCCUCCUCUGGUAGUUGUCCUGUCGAGCCUGUGAAUCCUGUAAUUGGAAAUAAAAAUAGAAAUUUCAGGUUUAAGAUGAGUUUCAGUUAAAAUAGCAAUUCGGCAUUCUUCUCUUGAAGAAAGUCGGACAAUUCAGCAGUUUUGCUCCUGAGUGAGCAAGCAUUCCAAUUUACUAUAACCAACUCAUUAUAUUGCAUAUUCGAUGAUGAAUUUGCCUAAGGCGUUGAUUUGCUCUAACCGCGUUCUGCAGUUUUGUAGUUUUGUUGUCAUUGUUUCAAAAAUGACGAUCAGUUGUUCAGCAGAGAAUAAAUCACCAGAGUCAUCCUUUGCUUGUGAUUGAUUAUUGCCCCAUCCAGGAGGGAUUUUUGAGGAAAAUUCGUUUUGAGAUCCAGCGGCUGAAUCUUUUGGAUUGCUGCGAGGAAGUGACGGCAAAUUCGGAAUAUCCCUCUUCGGUGGGAAAUUAAUUUCAUCCUUCUGUGGAACAUUCUUGCACGUUGAUUGUUUACGGGACGCCUGUUGUCGAAUUUUUGUGAACUAAGCACGUUUGGGACACGAUUUGCUAGUAGAUGGAUGGUCGCCAUCACAGUUCACACCUCGAUGUCAUCUAGUAGGCAAUCGUGAUCGAUUUUCGACCAUGGUUCCCCUUUUAUACGUGGUCAGUUGACUAUCUCAAAACCGUCGUCCUUGUGCUAAAAAGCCAAGCAAAAGUAAAGAGUUUACCGCGUUGAUUUCAAAAUUUGAGAAAACUUAAUUUUUAAGUUGUUUGUGGUUAUCUCAUACUGUUGAAAAUUAUCCUAAAUUCCUGAUCAUAUUUCUGAUGAAAUGGUGAAAAAAUUAUGUUGCUGUCGUUGAUAAAAGUCGAGAUAUUCACGAUUUAGUUCUGCUCAUUCUUCCAUAUAGCUAAUUUUCAAAAGUUAAGUUAAAAUGGAAUCGGGUUUCUCAAAGUGACGUGUAGUAUGCGGAUUUAUUUAUUGUGUUUAUAUGACAAACUUAUGCAAAUUUUUCAAUUAUAUUUUGAUUUCCUAGAGCUUCUUAGAAAACAAAGAUGUAAUUGAUCAAGAAAGCAUCAAAUCCUCUACUAAAAUGGGCUUGAGAAAAAAUCUCUAAUUCUCGAUGUACAUUAGAUUUGAGCCGAUGUGCAAAUGACAGAUUCUUUUUCGAUUAUUACGGUACCUUUAGUAAUCAUCCUCUCUCCUCUCUUUGUACAGUGAAUAGAGAAUAUUCUGCACAAAAAUAGACUGUCCUGUCCUAACUCGAACAAAGGAAGCGUUGAUUUUGAUGGACUAGUAUUAACAAAAACACAAUGUUUCCAACUGGAUUCAACAAUUAAUUUCGAACCGUUUUGGGUACCGCCCGCCUUUUCCGAAACGACGAAGCAAUGGUGGUGAGGGGGCGUGCAAAACGGUAGCUGGCGUUUCACAAUUGAACCAAAGUGAGUGACAAAGCCACAAGAUAAACGAGCAGAAUUUAAUUCCUCAUCUCCUAAACAAGCUGUUCAUCGUUUGUUCGACUCAAACGUAGCAACCCAGUGGAGCGGUGGCGUAGACGAAGGCGGUGUGGAAAACAGAAACCACGGAAACCAUCAAACGACACCUUUCAGGAAACAUAACAAACCAUCGCAUCGCAUCAGCGCGCCGAGCUUCGGUUUCAGCUCGUUAAAACAGUUGUCUUCUGUUUCGUGACUUCCUUUCCCGGACUCGAAGCGGACGAUGGAAUGUGGUGGUGAUGGUGGUCUUGCUGCUGCUGCUGCUACUGGUGGAUUCCUGCCUUCGAAAUCCGGGGCUGUUCACAAUCACAGUCGGUGUGUCUAUAAUAACAGACGUCGAGUCGUGUCACGCCGACAACACGCAACGGGAAGGUUGAUAUUAAAUGGCACAAUAUGAUAUGAUAAUUAUAUUUUAAUUAUGAAGUCAUUAUCAUCGAGCUUCGUGGCUGGGGUUACUUCCGAGCAAUUUUCCCACCCCUUUCCGGAUGCUCGAAUGUCGAGGAUUAGCGUGGAUGAAGAUGGAAAAUUAAGCUGGAUCACACUUUACGGUUCACUCCAGUUGAGAGGAGGAAAUUGAUGAUUGGGUAAUGUCUUCAAGUGGGUCAUGCCACGUGCGGUAAUGUUGAAUGGACCGGGAUGGAACCCAACGGAGCGGGUUUUAUGCAUGAAGGACGAGAAGAGGCUGCUGCAGUUUAUCGCUUAAUUCACUUGGAAGAUUGGAAAUUUCUCCUUAGACCAUAAAACUCACUCAUCCUCAGACGAACAACAUUUCUCAUUGAACAAUCGUGUUCAAGUCGAAAGUUGAACCCAUUUUUUUUUCUUUUUCGAUGCAAUCCUAGUCUGGUGAAAACGAACAAUUCCCGAACAAUCUGGAACUAUGUAAAAUCCAACAAAAGAGGUAUAAAAAUGCAAGCGGGAAAUUUAUCUUUCCACUUAACACUCCAUUGACUCGCGACCUGUUCUUCGGGUUCAUGGAAUGAACCCCGUAUUCGUCUAUAUUAGUCUUGAAACGAGUGGAUAAAAAACUGCCAACAAAGUAUGGUAUAAUCUGCAAAAGAUUUCCUCGGCCAGGAGGAGGCACAAAGAAAUUAUCCUCCGAACCGCAAAAUAACAAAGGAAAGGGCAAGAAAACGGAACUGUCAGCUACCGCCGACAGCAAACCACAGCAGCAGCAGCAGGACCCACUCCCCUACGUCCGGGUGAUUUAUUGAUUGCAAAAGGAACGAAACCAAGUGAAUCGUGAAAACCCGUUGGCGCCGAACGAUUAGCGGAGAAAAGUGUGAAUCAAACCGAGGAUGUGUGAAAGUGCAAAAAAAUGUGCCGCCGUCAAGUCGCACUAAAGAGGUUCGGGUUUUUUUUUCUUCGAAAAGGAUUCCUCUGCAUCUCAGUUGAUGUAGUUGUAUAUUAAAAAAAGUUGCACCAAAAGCGAAGAAAUGUAUGAAACAGUGACCGGUGAACCAACCGUUUCUCAUUCUUUGCUACAAGCCUACUGAUCAUACCAGCCAUUCGAAUGAUUCUUUUGCAAGGCAUUUUAACAAUUAACUGCUGUUGAAGAACAACAUAUGAAAGACUCGCGCAAUAAGACGACUGACUUUUACGUCUACUGGAGAAAUUAUUCCUUAGGUUUUUCCCUCAAACAAACAACGUUAGAAAGGGAUUUCAAAGCAAUCCGUGCUUAAGUACUCCAAAUAGCAAUAGACGCAAAAACGAUCAAGAGUUAAACCUCCCAUAAGCAGAAAAAGAAAAAUCGCAAACAAAUUUCUUACAGGCGAGCAUUUUUUUCAUGUCUGUGAACAGCCAAUAGUCGCAGGGAACCAAAUCUAGCGAACACGGUAGAUGUGGGAGCAAUUCGAAGUUCAAUUCAUGUAGUCUUGCUAUUGUGUUGAUUGACUUGUGACACGGUGCGUUGUCUUGAUGAAACAAAAUUAUUUUCUUUGCCAUAUGCGGUCGUUUCUUCGCAAUUUCCAACACUGUUAAUGGUAUUUCCUUUCUCAAGAUAGUCGAUAAAUAUUACACCACGCACAUCCCAAAAUACCGAGGCCAUAACCUUUCCAGUCGAUUGCUGUGCAGUUGCUGUCCAUUCAGAUUAUGAUCGCUUUGAUUCCGGAGUGAAGUGAUGAAUCCAUGUUUCAUCCAUUGUCACAUAUCGACUUCACUUUUCGAUCAUUCAAAACAAUUUUGUGGAUUUUUUUAUGUUUUGUGGUGUUACCGCCUCAUUUGGACGUCCACUGCGUUCUGCAUCAUCGGUGUCUCUACGACCACGUUUGAAGUCAGCAAACCAACGUUUGAUUGCUGUUUCGGAUGGACCGGAGUCUCUAUAACACUUUUCAAGCCAUUGCUUCGCUUGAACGGUAUUUUUUCCCAUCAAGAAGCAUUACUCUGCUUAAACACAAUAAAAAGGCGGGUGGGUAAUGUCACAGUCAUAACUGGAGGACGUGAAUACGAAUAAAACUGACAUGUUUCUUUCUCACUUCUGGAUAAAGAUGGAUAAAGGUAUUAGAUUGUGUAUAUUUUUCAACUUUCAUUGCUUCGCUUCCAGAAUUUUAACGAUGCAUCUAUACUACAGUACGACUAAUUGACGGCAAACAUACAAUUAAAUAACACGGAACAAAUACAGUUUUGUAAAUUUAGAUACUAGUAGAAAUAAACUUUUCAAAAUCCUUUGGAAAAAUUUUAGUGGUUCUAAAAAAACACUUUGCGUAAUUUGUUAAAUGGUUAUAACUGUUAAAAUUAAAGAACUAGUACAUAAAUCUGGGGCACGCUCCGAUUUCAGCUGCAAAUUUUCGGAAUCGAGAUCAAAAACUCAGGUCAUAAAUUUCGUUCUAGAAGUAAGGAACUGAAGUUAUUUUUAGCAAUUUUCAAUUCAGUUUUUAAAUCAAGGUUCGGUGUUCAGACCUAAUAUUUAGUUUCAGAAUCCAGAUCUAAAAUUCAUAUCCUGAACUUAGUUCAUGAAUUCUGAAAAUCCUAACUCAUAUCUCUGGAUUCGAGUCCCUGAACAAGGAACUAAAAUUGAAACCAUUUUCCAAAUCCAGAAAUAGGAUUCAAUUUUAGAGUCAUAGUUUUAAAUUCUGAACCUGUAAUCUGGAACUAAAUUUUUAAAUAGAAGUAUGAACUUAAAAUUAAGUUUAGAAUUCAGGUGGACCAGAGUCUAGUUUCUGGGAUUAGUUCUUGAAUUUAACUAAAAAUUCAGUUCUCUGCUACUGCUGGUUUACUGAAGAAGAGCUACAUUGAUUCCACCUGAGCAUUUGAGGUUUUUAUCGCCUCAUUAUUACUGAUGUUGGUGGUAGAACCUCAGCACGAUAUCCAGUUCCAUCUAACGUAUUAGAAAAAAUGAACAAUUCUCGGUUAAGAUUUACCUAUUACACUCGGUCAGUAGAACAUCGGAACUGAUCUGUGCCUGACUACCUCAAAACCGUCGUCCUGGUGCGGAAAAGUCAAGCAAACGUGAUGAGUUUUCCUCGUUGUUUCCAAAAGUUUGAGGAAACAUAGAUUUUGAGUUAUGUAUGGUUAUUUUACACUGUUGGCACUUUAAUCACAAAUUCCUGAUUAUAUUUCUGAUAGCGUGGAGGAAAAAUUAUGUUGUUGCGUUAAGUACAGCAAGAGAUAUUCACGAUCAAAAACUUAUCACUCUCACAGAGGGUAAUUUUUGAAAAGGCGCCCCAUAGUAAAGUAAGUCGUAUUCACGACAAAACACGAAAUUGUUUUUGAUCAAUUGUUCUGAAAAGAACAAAAGUAGCGUCACAUUUAGCACAAUAACUCACAAACUAAUGAAUAGAAUAUAAAAAAGGUUCGUAUUAACUGAAAAAGGUGACUGCAAUAGAACUAGCGCCAUCUAUGUGCUAGGCCCAGGACUUUGAAGCCCAUGUGUUAUCUAGUUUCGAAAUAACUAUUUGCUCGGUGUGAUGGACAACUAUUUGCUUUGUUAUUUUAGUAAAGCAAAGUCUUGGCAUUUCAUUCCUAUUGUGGAAUUUGGCCUUUCUGUUUCAACAGCAGCGAUGUCUAUCUCCUCUGUGUGACGAAGAGCAAGCAAAAUUUCUCCCCUCGCACUGACAACUUCAACGAGAGCUCUUCUCUUUCACAUUUAUACACCACUGUUGUAUAAAGUGUGCACGCAUCAUGAGUGCGUUUGUUGAUUUCCUUUACCUCUUCCACUGAAUCGCACCAAAGUGCUAGAGCAUUAGCUAAUAAAUUCUCUGAGGUGGAUGCAGAUACUUUCACAGAGGUGUACACACCGGUGAGCACUCUGCUGUAUGGUUUGCGUAGAAGAAGCGUGGACACGCAAAAUCAGGAAAAUAAAACAAUUUAUCGUAAAAUUUUCGGUUUUCCUUGCAAAUUUUUCAUAGCAAGGCCAGAUCUACUCUCUAUUAAUUGAAGUUCACAGAAGUGUUUGCUCACCAUCACGCGCCAGUGGUCACUUGGGUGUAUUUAGACGAGAGCGCGUGUGAGCGAUUCAUGCGAAGAGAAUGUGUUUCACUCGCGCCAGCUGCUUUAACCACAAGCACACACUCAAAUGCUGUCUAUUCGACACUGAGAAGAAGUGCGCUUUCCUCUUUGUACGGUGCUUCGUUUUUUGCAUCCUCGGUGUGGACAAGAAUCUGACUCCAGCGUGUAUCACUCUGGUGAAAUGCCAUCUCUGUUCAACAGACUUCGCAGCCGAUUCUUAGCGUACAGAAUCAUUGCAUGGCUAGUACUGUGGAUCCUACUGACACUAAGAAUCCUUCCAGGUCGGGGCUCGACCAUACGACAACUGGCUUGUAAGACCAGCGUCCUAUGCAUUGAACUGCCAACCCGGGCGUUGUUGUUUUAAACAAUCGAAAUUUUCCUGUGUGUUAGUCUAGGAGUCCGUUCAAUCUUCCAACAAUAAGCAGCUAGUAAAUAAGCUCAAAGAAUGUCAAAUUACAGUUGGGAAAUAUAUUUGUACGUCUUACUUUACUAUGGAGCGCCUUUCAAAAUUCGCCCUGUAGAAGAAUGGGUUUGACUUUCGGUUACGGUAUUACAGAGCGAUGAAUGAAAAUUUUUAAUUUCAUGCGUAUUUUUUUUCAAGUGAUGGCAAAACUAGGUGAAUCUUUUUUAUUAAACCGACUGGUAAAUUCAUCCAGUUGGCAAAUCUUGUUAGUUUGGUGGAUCUAUGAAACCUACUUUGAGACUACUAGUCCCCGGUUUUCUGAUUCCGAAAGCACCGAUAAUAGUGAAGAAAAGCUCCAAAAACGGAUCUCACUUCGAUUUCUCGAGCAACGAUUGCACCGAUUUUCACAAACUAAAGUUCUCAUUGUCUUAAAAGAUACGGUCAUCCAAAUCAUUCAAGACGUCAUACAGAAUGACGAUGCAAAACCGGUACGAAUCGGUAGGUGUUGGUAGGGAAAUAGAAAACACCAUCGCCUUUACGAACGAAGCACACACAGCUUCGUUUACACAUUUACAUACAUGCUGUGAUUGCAAAUAAUUAUUUUGACAAUAAUAACUGAAAACUCACAAGUUCCUUUCUCACGCCUUUCCCAUGGGUCUAAGAUAUUUGGUCAACAAAACGGAUUUAGACGGUGUGCGAUUUGGUUUUUACUUUUUGUAGCUCACUCAAAACAUAACAUGAUUACUAAGAUCUUAAAUCGGGUUACAGUUUGGAUUGCUGUCGUAUUGAAGAAGUGUAUUUUACACCGCUUCAAUGUCAUUUGAUUUCUCAUCUCAAAGUAAUUCAAGUAAGUAAAAAAAGCCGUAAGAGCAAGUGACAGUCAGUUAAAUUCACCUUAAGGGAUUGUAAACUAGCUCAUUUGAUUCGAAAAUUUCAAAAAUCAGUGCAGCCAUCUUUGAAAAAUCGUAGUGAGUUCCAAAUGAAUUUUCUGGGUACCUUCCGGGAUCGAGAAUCAUCGACUAUCGAAAUCUGCAAACCCGAUUAACACAAUUAAUUUAUGUGAAAUGGACAUUUUUAUACAAACCUCCCUGUAUCUCCUGAACCGGAAGUCGGAUCUGAUUAACAAAAACAAGCAAAAACGUUUUAUUUGAAUCUUAGAUGGAUCAAAACGUUCCAGUCAUCUACGAGAAAAAUGAGUGACAUUAUUUUAAUUUCGUUACACUUAUCAUCCGGUAGUUCCGGAACCAGAAGUUGGAUCUUAAAUAAAUUCAGGAACCUUGUAGCAGAGUAUUUAGCCUUUUUCAUAUAGAAAGGUUAUGCAAUCACUGUAAAACCCGACUUUUUAACCAAUGUUAUAUACCAUUCGGCUCAGCUCGAUGAACUGAGCAAAUGUAUGCGUGUGUAUGUGUGUAAGUCACAAAAAUGUGCACUCGAUUUUCUCGGAGAUUGCUGAAUCAUAAAUUUAGAUACAAAUAAUAGAUCUCUUGUUGCUAUAGCAUUUUACCCGGAUCGGGCUUCCGGUUCGGGAGUAACGUUGUAAAAUAUGCAAAAACUGAAGAAAAGGUGCACUCGAUUUUCUCAGAGACCACUCAACCGAUUCUCUUCAACUAAGAUUCAAAUUAAAGGUCUUAUAGUCCCAUAGGUUGCUAUUGAAUUACAUCCGGAUACGACUUCUGGUUCCGGAAUUAUAAACUGAUAGGUAUGAAAAUUUCAUUUUCAGAGGCGUGUUUUUAUACGUGACACGGGCAAAUUCAAUCAAAUACAUUCAAAUAGCCGUAUAACUCUCUAAUUUGAACACAUUUUGUUAGUUGAUGACCAAAUACAUUGAUUUUGAGUUUACCGGAUUUUCGUUUCAGAUUCAGGAAGUUUGUUUGGAUAGGACUUCCGGUUUCGAAGUAAAAUGUGAAAAAAAAAUGGAAAUAGGCGUACUACUCAAAGAUGGCGUGACCGAUUUGCACAAACUAAAAUUCAAAUGAAUGAUCUAAUGAAUAAUCUAUACAAAAUUUCUGAAUUUUAUUUGGAUCCGACUUCCGGUUUCGUAAUUAUAGGGUAAAGUGUGUUAAAGUGUGUUCAUAUAAAUCUAAGCUAAUACAGACCUUUUCAAAAUUAUAAGGCCACCCAUAAAUUUCAAGAUACAAAAAAAGGAAUAGUUUUAGGAUUUUUUUUCGAAGGAACAUGAAAUUAGAUUGCAAAACACGAAUGUGAGUCCAAGAGUUGAUUGAUUUCGCUGAAAAACUUUUGUGAUAGAACGUUUUUAAGGAAAAAUGGCUUUUCGAAAUUAUAAGGCUACUUGCAGUUUAUUGAGGUUCGGAUGAUUAAAAUAAGCAACAAAAAGCAUCUAAUGAUCCGUUGCUCCACCGGAACGGUUUAUUAUCUGAAAAUACGAUUUGGCAUACUUUGCACCAAUUUCUGCAGUGUUGCCAGUUCAAUUGUUUCCCAAGACUGAAGAAUUUCACUUUUUAGCUCUUGUAAUAAUGAAAAUUGACGAUUAUUGGCAUAAAUUGGUCGUACCAUAAUACCCCAGAGAUUCUCAAUUGGAUUUAAACCCGGUGAGCAAGCUGGUCAAUCCAAAAUAUCAAUUUUCUCGGACUUUAGCCACUUCAUUAUUUCAACACUUUUAUGAAUACUGGCGUUAUCCUGCUGGAAAAUGAGCUUUGACUUGCGUCAAAGCAAAGUCUUGGCAUUCCUUUUGUGGAAUUUGGCCUUUCUGUUUCAACAGACUUCGCAGCCGAUUCAUAGAGUACAGAAUCAUUGCAUGGCUAGUACAAUGGAUCCUAUUGACACUUAGAAUCCUUUCAGGUCGGGACUCGAACAUACGACAACUGGCUUGUAAGACCAGCGCCCUAUGCAUUGAACCGCCAACUUGGGACUUGCGUCUUCUUUUAAUUACUGGCAGCAGACUAGCUCUGAGGACAUUUAUGUAAACGGAACUUUUCAUUUUGUUCGAUACAAAUUGAAGUUCCAGCCUGCCGGUUGCACAGAACGCACCCCAAACCAUUACAGAUCCACCGCCAAAAUUUCUCUUUGAGAAAUAUCGUGGUUCCUUACGUAGAUCGUUCCAAUAACCGUUGAAUCCGGCUGGUCCAUCUAGGUUAAACUUUUUUUCAUCCGAGAAUAUCCCCUGUAAAAGUUUAACACAUUUGUUGUUAAAUAUUUUAAGAAUGCGUUUGUUUUUUUUUUUUAAUAUUGCAGAACAUGUUCAUACCUUUUUCCAAUCUUGGGGCAUGUUCCGACGUGCAAAUUCCAGUCGAGCUUCCUUGUGGCGAGGUAGUAAACGAGGAGCACUGUUCAUUUUUGCUCGAACUAUGUUGGGCGAAAGUUUUAUUGCCCUCCACUGAAGCUUCCAACUUGAGUUCAGUGCGGAUUUGUGAAUAACUCAAGGUAGAAUUCGAAGAUUUAUUGAAAAUUCGACGAGUGUCUCUCUCUGACAGUUUUUUUUGCGUCCUGCAUUUUUAUUCUGACCAUACUUUGCUGGAUUUUUCAGAAAAUGUGCGACCGCACAUCUGAUACGACCAAUUUCUCCUGCAAUUUUCCUGAUCCCCCAUCCUACCUUCUUGAAGGCCAAAAUUUGUCCUUGUUCUUUUUGAUUUAGUCUCUUUCGUUUACCCAUAGUCACAUAACGCUGUUAAAUGAAUAAAAAUGAUAUUUAUAAUCACUAUAUUCAACACAAACUGACAAACAUACAAGGUAGCCUUAUAAUUUUGAAAAGGUAUAAUUACUAACUUCAGCUGUUUCGGCUUUGUUUAUCAACAAAUAUGCGAUACGAAAAUGUUUUGCUUGUAUUUGUGUCAUUCUUCAUCGAUUGCCAUCGUUGAGUUAGGGUGGCCUCAUCAAAAUCACGCGAAAACUUGAUAUUCGAGUGUGGCCUUAUAAUUUUGAAAAGAUCUGUAGAAAUCGGUUAAGCCAACUCCGAGAAAAUUGAGUAAAAUUAUUAGUCACACACACACACCCAUUUGCUGAUCUCGACGAAAUGAGUCGAAUGGUAUAUGGGUGGUAUGUUCUUCCAGCAAUUAUUGCUGUAUGCAGUUUAAAUCAAUAUAAAUAUGAAAUUGUUUAGAAUUCGAUAAUACAUAUGUCAUUAUGUUGCCAAAAACGAUCCGUGCUAAAAUUGACACUAAGGAGUGUAUCGAAAAUGAGCUAUCCACAAUUUUUUCUUUCAAAUUAUGAUAAAAAACGAUAUUUUAUUCAAACUAAAAAUUGAUCCUUUAUUGUACGAGGUUAAACUUGAGCAUAAAUAAAACUGGAUGAAAUUUAAGUUAUUCCUUCACGAGUUUUCGAACUUUUAAUCGAACGCUCUUCAUCAAGUUCCGGACAAGUGUUGCAUCGCAUUUUUUGGACGCUUGAGCCCAAUUUUUUUUUUUGAAAUCCUGCAUGUUCCCAGCUGCCUAACCAGUCUUCUUGAAGACCCUCUUCACGAUUGCCCAGUAACGUUCGAUGGGUCGAAGCUGAGGCCAAUUUGGUGGAUUGAUAUUUUUCUCAAUGAAAUGUAUACCCGCAAGCCAAUUGAGAGUGGUUUUGGCACAGUGAGCCGACGCUAAAUCCGGCCAAAACAGUGGAGGUGUACUAUGCUUCUUAUAUAAGCGUAGCAAUCUCUUCUGGAAAUACUCAGAUCGAUAGAUUUCUGCAUUUAUAGUUCCGGUAGUGUAAAAAAUGGUUGACUUCAAACCACAGAAACAUAUUGCUUGCCCUACCAGUACCUUUUGACCGAGUUUCUCCACUUGAAUCGAUCUGUCUGCAUCGCUCACAUCCAUCCCAACGACGACAGUAAAGUAUUGUGGAUCCGGAAGGGUUUUUGAGUCCUCCUUUACAUAAGUCUCAUCGUCCAUCAAAACGCAUGCAUCCGGACCCUGCAAAAGACGCGAAUACAAUUUCCGAGCCCUUGUUGCUGCUUGCUUCUUCUGUUUUACACUUUAUUCCGAGAUUUUCUGCUUCUUGCAGGUCUUCGGCUGAUUCCGCCUCUUGAUAUGCUGGACACUCGUUCCUGCUUUUUUGGCUAAAUCACGUAUUGACAUUGAUUUGUUUUUCAUGAUUAGGGAUACCACUUUCUGGUCCAGUUUCCAAAGAAUAGUGUUCCCCAAACUUAUUAAUGAUGGUUUUAACACUGGCAAGCAGAGAUGGCAUUUCACUAGAGUGAUACACCAGGGCGUAGGUUUCAAUUAAACACUGCGGAUACAAUUGCUCCGCUCCACACAAAGAGGAAAGCGCACUUCUUCUCAGUGUCCAGACAGACAGACUUUGAGUGCGUGCUUGUGUUGAAAGAAGCUGGUGCGAGAGAAUAACAUUUUAUUCGCACGAAUCGCUCUCACGUGCUCUCGCCUAAAUACACCCAAGUGAUCACUGGCGCGUGAUGGUGAGCGAACACUUCUGUGAACUUCAUUUAAUAGAGAGUAGAUCUGGCCUUGCUAUGAAAAAUUUGCAAUGAAAACCGAAAAUUUAACGAUAAAUUGUUUUAUUUCGCUGAUUUUGCGUGUCCCACGCUUCUUCUAUGCAGACCAUACACCAGAGUGCUCACCGCCGUGUACACCUCUGUGAAAGUAUCUGCUUCCACCUCAGAGAAAUUAUUAGCUCUGCUCUAACACUUUGGUGCGAUUCAGUGGAGGAGGUAAAAAGAAACAAACAAACGCACUCAUAAUGCGUGCACACUUUAUACAACAGUGGUGUAUAAAUGUGAAAAAGAAGAGCUCUCGUUGAAGUUGUCAGUGCGAGGGGAGAAAAUUUGGUUGCUCUUCGUCACACAGAGGAGAUGGACAUCUCUGCUGGCAAGAUGAAUUCCAAACCGCUUCGCCAAUUUUCGCAUAGUAAUACCCUUCUCACAUAGCCAUGUGUCCACAACUUUAACUUUUCAAUAGAAAACGCAGAAUUUCAACCGCACAAACAAGUAAAGAAUCGAAAGCUGACACCCAAACGCACAGCAUGCUGCGAUCUGAGCAUAAAAAACCUUCACAAAUACAUGCGUACAACACAAAUGUAUGUGGAUUGCUUAUUUUCGAUACACUCCUUAGACAAAAAUUCUAUGAAAGGGUGGGUAAUGUCACAGUCAUAACUGGAGGACGUGAAUACGAAUAAAACUGACAUGUUUCUUUCUCACUUCUGGAUAAAGAUGGAUAAAGGUAUUAGAUUGUGUAUAUUUUUCAACUUUCAUUGCUUCGCUUCCAGAAUUUUAACGAUGCAUCUAUACUACAGUACGACUAAUUGACGGCAAACAUACAAUUAAAUAACACGGAACAAAUACAGUUUUGUAAAUUUAGAUACUAGUAGAAAUAAACUUUUCAAAAUCCUUUGGAAAAAUUUUAGUGGUUCUAAAAAAACACUUUGCGUAAUUUGUUAAAUGGUUAUAACUGUUAAAAUUAAAGAACUAGUACAUAAAUCUGGGGCACGCUCCGAUUUCAGCUGCAAAUUUUCGGAAUCGAGAUCAAAAACUCAGGUCAUAAAUUUCGUUCUAGAAGUAAGGAACUGAAGUUAUUUUUAGCAAUUUUCAAUUCAGUUUUUAAAUCAAGGUUCGGUGUUCAGACCUAAUAUUUAGUUUCAGAAUACAGAUCUAAAAUUCAUAUCCUGAACUUAGUUCAUGAAUUCUGAAAAUCCUAUAUCAUAUCUCUGGAUUCGAGUCCCUAAACAAGGAACUAAAAUUGAAACCAUUUUCCAAAUCCAGAAAUAGGAUUCAAUUUUAGAGUCAUAGUUUUAAAUUCUGAACCUGUAAUCUGGAACUAAAUUUUUAAAUAGAAGUAUGAACUUAAAAUUAAGUUUAGAAUUCAGGUGGACCAGAGUCUAGUUUCUGGGAUUAGUUCUUGAAUUUAACUAAAAAUUCAGUUCUCUGCUACUGCUGGUUUACUGAAGAAGAGCUACAUUGAUUCCACCUGAGCAUUUGAGGUUUUUAUCACCUCAUUAUUACUGAUGUUGGUGGUAGAACCUCAGCACGAUAUCCAGUUCCAUCUAACGUAUUAGAAAAAAUGAACAAUUCUCGGUUAAGAUUUACCUAUUACACUCGGUCAGUAGAACAUCGGAACUGAUCUGUGCCUGACUACCUCAAAACCGUCGUCCUGGUGCGAAAAAGUCAAGCAAACGUGAUGAGUUUUCCUCGUUGUUUCCAAAAGUUUGAGGAAACAUAGAUUUUGAGUUAUGUAUGGUUAUUUUACACUGUUGGCAAUUUAAUCACAAAUUCCUUUGCUCCCUAGCAUCGUCGUUUUAUCAUGUAGCGCUCAAAACUCUUACUGCAGGAAUAGGGGAAAAAGACGAUUACAUGCAUGGCUUGUUGGAUAGCUAUUACCGCGUUAAGUCUAAGUCUCAAAACAUAUUUUGUUGAAAAGGACAAUUGCAAAUAGCACACAGAAGUGCAGACGAAAGUACUGUGUCUGUCAGACAUGACUAUAACAUAUAGUGGAAUUAAUUUUCCUUUUUUGAAUCGAUCAUAUCUUAUAGUCAUCAAAAAAAUCUAUACAUUUUCGUUGUAUAUUACAAAUAUAUGAAAGUAUCAAUAAUAGUUAUCUUCUUUUUCCCGAUUCUGUUCCUGACAUUACCCGCCCAUCAUUUUUCAAAUUAUUUUUUGGCCAUACAUCUGCUAGUUGCUUUUCUAUUUUGAAAAACUUGGAUAGACAGUUUUAUCGCACUGGUGCCAUUGGAAUUGAAAAUAAUAAAUAAAAACAAAAACAUGCUAUGAUUCACAGCAAACCAAAACGAUUUAAUUUGAUUAGAAUAGUUCUCACAUUUCGAGAAGAAAGUGUCCAACAAAGUUUCAAUGCUUGGCAAACGACCAUCGCUUGAAACACUAUUCUAUCGUUCCAAGUACCGACUAUUCAUCAUCUUCACUAAGACCAUCAUUGCAUUUGACAUCGUCAUCAUCAUCAUCAUCAUCAUCAUGAUUAUCAUCAUUCCAGCCGUCACGAUGGAAGUCGGCUGCAGUGAACUGCUCCGUUUCAAUCCGUUCUCCGAACCACCGACCACCGGAGGAGUGGCUGUCUCAUCUUACUCAAAAUUAAAUUAAAUUUCGAAAAAUUUUAAGCUCAGUGAAUGGUAAAAUUUAAAACGCCAACCGAAAAACCCGUCGUGUCUCCGGCGUCUCUCGGUCCUUGGACUUGAUGUCGUUCCGGUUCGCUUUGCCUUUGGUUCAGAUUCCACCACGGUCUGCCGCCCGUAAUAGAUUGUAUGUAAUUAUUAAGUGCGGGUGGUGUUCGGAGACAAUCGGGACAAUGAGGAAAAACCUGUCUUAAUCCACCUAGUGGUGUAAUGAUGCCUUUCUCAUAUCAAUCAUACUAUCAUACCAAUAUAAUACUGUGGUAUUCUUCAAAGUUAUUUUUCUUCGAUUCUUAAAAGAAUAAUCGAAAUAGAUUUGUUUGACCGUCUACUGAUAAAAACUAUCAAUUGGAAAAGAUUUGAGGUCGAUUUAGAAAACUUUUUACGGUUUUUCGCUCUUUUCAGUGAUGGUAUAAAAUUUUUAACACACUUUACCCUAUAUUUCCGGAUCCGGAAGUCGGAUCCGAAUAAAAUUCAGGAAUUACGUAUGGGAACACAGGAACUUUCAUUUGAUCCUAAGUUUGUGAAAAUUGGUCGCGCCAUCUAUGAGAAAAGUUACAAUACAUAUUUUCAUUUUUUUGCACAUUUUACCCCAUAAAGUUAGUGCAAAAAAGGUUACAUACACACAUACGCACAUACACACACACAUACACACACAGACAUUUUGCGUACUCAACGAACUGAGUCGAAUGGUAUAUGACACUCGGCCCUCCGGGCCUCGGUUCAAAAGUCGGUUUUCACAGUGAUUGCAUAACCUUUCUAUAUGAGAAAGGCAAAAAGGCGAAAAAAAAAUUUUCUUCGAAUUUUAAAAGAAUAACCGAAAUCGGUUUGUUUGACCGUCUACUGAUAAAAACCAUCAAAUUGGAAAAGAUUUGAGGUCGAUUUAGAAAAUUUUUUAAGGUUUUUCCCCAUUUUCAGUUAUGGUGUACAAUUUUAACACACUUUACCCUAUAUUUCCGGAUCCGGAAGUCGGAUCCGCAUGAAAUUCAGGAAUAACGCAUCGGACCACAGGACCUUUCAUUUGAACCUAAGUUUGUGAAAAUCGGUCGCGCCAUCUAUGAGAAAAGUUAAAGCAAAUAUUUUCUUUUUUUUGCACAUUUUACCCCAUAACUCUCGAACCGGAAGUCGGAUCCAAAUAAUAUUCAGGAAUUUUGUAUGGAACCUCAAGACCUUUCAUUUGAAUCUAAGUUUGUGAAAAUCGAUUCAGCCAUCUCUGAGAAAAGUUAGUGCACUUAUUUUCACAAUUUUUUGCACAUUUUACCCCAUAAUUCCGGAACCGGAAGUCGGAUCCAAAUAAUAUUCAGGAAUUUUGUAUGGGACCACAAGACCUUUCAUUUGAAUCUAAGUUUGUGAAAAUCGGUUCAGCCAUCUCCGAGAAAAGUUAGUGCAAAAAAACGUUACAUACACACAUACGCACAUACACACACACACACACACACAUACACACACACAUACACACACACAGACAUUUUGCGUACUCGACGAACUGAGUCGAAUGGUAUAUGACACUCGGCCCUCCGGGCCUCGGUUCAAAAGUCGGUUUUCACAGUGAUUGCAUAACCUUUCUAUAUGAGAAAGGCAAAAAGCUGAUGAAACUACAUCGGGCAGAAAAUUGCACCACCACGAGGUAUUACGCGAAAUGAAAGUUAUGAAUUUGUCGCCGCUUUGCACCAAGAUGGAGAUGAAGUCUUCAACCCAAGAUCAAAGUAAAUUGGAACAUUGUUUGAAGAUUUGUCGAGAUUGCUUUAUAGAACCGGGCGGUUUUUGGCCCAGACAUGGGGUGUAGAUUUAGUUUUAGCACUUAAUUCCGAAUAAACGCUGCUUUUUUUCCUUGGAGAAGGUCUUCUUCGGGUAAUUCUGUGACUAUGUUAUAACUAAGAGACAUCAUUAACGCAUCUCUCAUCCGGUAAACUUAAAAUUAUUCGAGUAGAAAGGAAGUUUAUCAUUUAUCUUUCUUACCAAGCACAUCAUGUAAUGAGGACUGACUAGCAAGUAAAAUGAUUCGCACAAAAGCAAAUGUAAUUCUUGAUUCAAUAAAUUCAAAAAGUCCAAUUAUUACAGCAUUAUAUGGUUACAUUUUUUCAGAAUAAAAUCCCGAAUCUUCCUCUUGAUCGAACCUAUCAGCAGUCGCACAGAACAAACGGACACGGGAACAGCACAUUUCUUCAAUUUCGUCCGCAUUUGUGUAGCAUCCUUGACUGCUCCGUCGCUUCGACAAAGUUCCUACUUGGAACAAAAUCGAUCUUGUUGAUAUCAUACCACUCCGGAACCACCUUGAAGUAGUGGUAGCAGGCCAAAUCCUGCCAAAAGAUGACUUUACUUUCUAAACUUGAGAUGUGAUCGUCGAAGAUGUGCUCAAUGGUUCCGUUUCUAGGCCACAACUGCAAAUCGCUGUGCAAAUCAUGGGCCUUCUUCGCGUACUUCUUGACAAACACGAACUUCAGCCUUCCCGGUACAUCCCACAACAUCUAGUUACGAAAUAAAGACCGGGAAAGGCUGCUUAAAAUCGAGUUUGACAUAUGUUUCGUUAUCGAUCGAAGUUACAAUUGUGUUUCAACAAAACACGGUCGUACAACACUUAAGACCACGAAGUCUUACAUAAUGUGCUGGUUCGGAUGUUUACGACUUUUCCUACUGACCACAUCUUGGAUCGAAAGACCGGGGUUGGCAUUACCGCAUCUCAACACUAUACUGCGUAGCUCGGUUCCAAUUUUUUCGUAGGUCUCAGGGUUUUCUUGUACUUUCUGAGCUCUCGAUAAACUGUUAUUAUCGGCUUCUUCAACACUUUCAUGUUCCAUUUGACGUUAUUUCUGAACGCGAUCGACUACUUUGAUUCAACUUGCACCAAUUGUGCGUUAGACAGGACGGACUGGACGUCGUGGUGAGAACCUUCAACGACAACAGACCUUCUGCGUGGUUUAGAGUCUCAUUUGGAUUGGAUUCGGAAACUGAAUCUUAGAACUGAAUCUUAGAACCCUCGAAUUCUGGUCCUGAACUCUGAGCUUAAUUUAAGGUUUAGAAUUUAGUUACAGAAUACAGGUUCAAUUUUAGAACUAAAUUUGGCACCUUCCCGCAAAGCGUUUUGGCUACCUGGGAAGCCAUGGCCACCAGGCGGCUACCAAAAUUGAUUCAGUUACGGUUGUCAAAUCCAAUUUGACAAAACAAAGUCGCCUGUAUCUAAGUUAGCCGAGCGUUUUCAUCAUCUCACCUUCCCUGAAAAUGUCAAAGAUUUCAAUCUGGAAAAAUUCUGGUGGAUACGGUUGUAUCGUUUGAGUUAUAUAUCUGGCAGCGGUGAGGCAGUCGGUCUCCAAAAUGUCUGCCAGCCAUAUUUUUCCCGCUGGCAGCGUUUAGUCAGCCAUGCGUAUGCGGGUUAAUUUAGUUAGUUCGGAGUUCGUAUCCAAAAUUCUGCUGCUGGAAUUCAACUUCAGAAUUUCGGAACGAAAACCAAGAUAUGAAAUCCAGAUCUGGACUCAGGAACAAAUCCUUUUUUGAUCUACCUAGUGGUGUAAUGAUGCCUUUCUCAUAUUACUUAUAUUUUCAGAGACAACACUUGAAGAUUCUGUCAAGAUUUUUUCUUUAAAACCUUCAAAUAUAAUCAAAAAAUUUCUUUGGGUAUAAACUAUCAUAGAUUUAGAUGAGGCACCCCUGCACGCUAUACAAAAUUGAACAAAGCACGCUGUGUGCUAGGCGGUGAUGUUUUCUUCUUCCUUACCAAUUCGCAAUGAUUUACUAUUCACCCGCCAUUUUAUGUUGGUGGUCGUCCCGAUUAACCCGAUAUUAUUCACAAUACUUUCAAUCCGCGCUGCACAAGCACUGGGACUGAGUUAUUUGCCGUUCCGACAAUCAUCUGCAAAACCAUCCGAGUGGCGGCCGUUCAAUUCCGCGUGCAAAAUAACCAACUGCGGUCAUUUUCUCUGGGAACACUGCACGUAUAGCGCUUUCAUGUAAUUACCUUGUUUAGUAGCUUCUACUCAACCCAUACACAACCUGACAGAAAUGAGCAUGUUUCAUAUGUGUUCCACUGAAUUGAGGACGGCGCUAGUGUAUCUAAACAAUACGGGUGAAAUGAAUCAAAUUAUGAUUACAAAAGAAACUACCAGUACUUCAUUACGUUAUUCACGAUCAUUUUGUAUGCGUCCAGCAAUAUAUUUAAAAGGAGCGUAAUUUUCAUAUUGUGACUCACGCAAGAACUCCUGAAUGAAAUCAAAUUAUUGCGAUUUUUUCUAACAGCGCUGCAUAGCAACAAACUUAUCAAUAACACACGUCAUAAAUCUCCAAACAUGCGUAUUUUGUAAUCUUUCUAUCUUUUAAUUGACUCUGCCCAACGUUUUCUCUUUGGUCUAAAAAGAUAGCUAUUGAGCUAUGCAAAAACCGGAAUGAUAAACUCCGUGUUGUGCUUUAGAAUCGAAAUAAUAUGCUCAAAUGUCAUUUAUGAGGAAUAAGUGUAUGAUUGGUACCUGAGCAUAACUGACAUGUAUGUUGAUUUGCGAUUGACACACUACUCCAAGCGACCACCACUUGAUAUAGUAUUGAGUUGAAUUACUUAAUAUUUUAAUAUAAUACACUCAGAAUUUUUAAUAUUUUAAUAUAAUACACUCAGAACUGACUGUAAUUCAAACUUAUUUAUUAACGGGUGAUUUUUAAGAGUUAUAGGAUUUGAUUUUCAUAAAAACACAAAAAAUUGAGAAAAUUGAUUAUAUCUUAAUCGAUAAAACGAUCAAUAUAAUUUAAUGUUUGAAGAUGAUUCCAUGCAAAUGUCGCGGAAAUUUCAAAAGUAUGUAAAUACAGAUGAAAGUCUGCGAGAACUUCAAAAGUCUGCAAAAGUCUGCGAGAAUUUCAAAAGUCUGUAAAAGUCUGCACAACAAAAAAUGUCUGCAGCACUAUACCCCAAAUCUGCAGAUUUACAGACAAAUCUGCAGACCUGGCAUCUCUGUUUGACAAUGACACAAGACACGAUUCACGCGUGAUCUGUCAAAAACAGUGUUGCCAAAACAAUCAUCCUUUACAAACGAUUCAAAUUAAAGUUAUUCGGAUAUACAGUACUUGUUAGACAUUGGUCCUUUCUUAAAUUCCAACCUAAACUGUUGAAACUUGCUGAAACCCGACACAAAGCCCUAGCUUGACCAGUUUCGUCCAUACCUUUAGCUAGAGUAUAACAAAAUAGCAAAAUGGCGUAAGUCGUCUGAUUUCCAUACCUACACAUAGACAGAGCGAAAAUUCAAUGACAUUUAAAAUGCCACUGUCAGAUGGGUUGAUCGAGCAUUGAAAAACGAGCAGUCGAGUAAGAAUUCAGUACUCAGUCCGUCUGAGAAAAAAUGUGGUAAUAAAGUUAUUUGAUGCUACACAAUAAUGAUUCUGUGAACCUCCCGCUUGUGAUGAAUUCUGGCAUCCGGCAGCUGUCAAAAUAACGCAAAUGGAAUUUUGCCAAUUUUUUACAGGACAUGGCUCAUAAAAUCGACAGUCGCGUGCACAUUUUAUGAAAAAGUUAAAAUUGUUUUCAAAUUUGGAACAUACAAAACAUUUUUUUGGAACAAACGAAAAUGGGAAACUUGUCCAUCAAACCAGGAUUCACAGUCGAAUUUGUUAAUCCUUCCCAGUUGAUCAGCAUCACCACCAACACUUCUAUUUCAGCAUGAAAUAUUUCUGGCCACCAAUCAGUUUGUAUAAAAUAAAAUAAGAUAUAAACCGUACCCGGUGAAUCGGUGGUUUUUCGGUGUCAUUAAACAAGCUGCCUUCCCUGUUCUGCUGCUGUUAGAUUCAUCACUAAAUAGCACACAAUUGACAGAUUCUUUUUGUUCACUUUCUUUUUCGACUGUAUUGGCGUUAUUAAUGCAAAGAUAAACUCAAGAUUACAAAGUCCUAUAUAAAUCAAAGAAACAAAACUGGUUCAGUUAUCGUGAACCCAAGAACUUAGUAAUAGAAUACUUUUAUUAGCCCCUUGUUAAAAAGCGUCGCAAAACAUAGAAAAGCGUCGCAAAAUCACCAUGGACACGCUACAAAUAGGUUUUUUACAGUCACAGCUAACCUCAAUCGGAUGAACACAUUUUAACAGUUCAGCAGUACUAUUUGUAAACAGAAAUUUCUUUUGUUUGUUUAUUAACGAAUUGGAUCAGACCAUUUACGGUCCGUAUCGCCUAAAUAAAGUUUUAAAACAUUUGUUCACGAUUGAACACGCUUUGUUUUUGAUAUUUAUUAAAUAAAAGUGAGUAAUAGCGAAAUGUAAAGAUGAUUGUUUUAGAUGUGCUCUUCGAUUUUUGUUUAAGCUUGUUUGUAAACAGUACCGCUGAACUGUCAAGGGUGAAUACUUGUUCAUUUGUGUCGUCACGAUGAAAAACUUAAUUAGGUUUUUUAUCGUGACGACACAAAUGAACAAGCAUUCAUCCAUGACAGUUCAGCGGUACUGUUUAUAAACAAGCUUAAACAAAAAUCGAAGCACACAUUUCAAACAAUCAUCUUUACACUUUGCAACUGGUCACUUUCAUUUAAUAAAUCUCAAAAACAAACCGUAUCCAAUCGUGAACAAAUAUUUUAAAGCUCUAUUUAGGCGAUAUGGACCGUAAAUGCUCUCACCCAAUUUGUCAACAGACAAACAAAAAAAUCUCUGUUUACAAACAGUACUGCUGAACUGUCUAAAUGUGUUCAUCCGAUUGAGGUUAGCUGUGACGGAAAAAAACCUAAUUAGGUUUUGCAAGAUAACCACUCGAAUGAACUGCCGAUGAAUCAAGUUCAUCUUUUGACAGCUAUCAGUGAUUUGUUUACAUAUCUAUUAGGUUUUGCACAAACAUGCCAUAACCUUACAAAAUGAACAGAAUGAACUUUUUUGACAGUCGACGUGUACUUGUUUACAGUUUAAAAGUUCAUCAGAAAUUCACACUCAACAGAUUCAUACAUAUUUCGCUCCUUGAUGCUAGAAACACAUAUAUUUAGUUAUUUUCACUGUGGAUUCCGUUUUUAACAGGCACUUUUUCGUCAUUUUUCAAUUUUUAACUUGCAGUCACAAAACAAAACAAGUACACGGCAACUGUCAAAGAUGAACUUGAUUCAUCGGCAGUUCAUUUGUGUCGUCAUCGUGCAAAACCUAAUUAACACGUAUUUCAAUUAGAAUGAACGCAAUGAACACAUAAACAAACCACUGAUAGCUUUCAAAAUUGAUUAAUUUUGUUCAUUUUUGGGAGGUUAUGUCAUGUUCAUGCAAAACCUGAUAUCGAAAGAAAAUAAACAAAAGUUUACAAGUUUUGCGCAAAAAGUUUUUUGAUCAGAUUGCUUCUAAAGUGAAUUAAACCGUCUUACACUUAUUAAAUAUUAGGUUAGUUGAAUAUAAUAAAUCAAUUCUACAUUCAAAUACAAGAACCGCGAAAAAGAGUUGCGAUAUUGUUCGAUAUCUUGCAUAUUUGAACACGAUUUGUUAUUAAUAUGAGAACCAGCAUCAUCAUAGUUACGGUGCAGAGCGAGCGUCUAGACGUUUAUUGUUUCGGUUCAACAAAUGAUUGAACCAAAGAUAAACUCAAGAUUACAAUGUCCCAUACGAUCCAUUGAAAAAUUUUGGGUCAGUAAUCGUGAACAGAGCUGCCAGGUUUUUUUUCGAAAAUCUGUCUCUGACUCAAAAAUUUAUCUGGAUUUGUCUGGGUCUACUAUAUACAAGGAAAUUUUGACUGGGCUUCAUUUUCAGUGAGCAUAAAAAAUUCUCAUCACCUAUCGUAUAGAGGCCAAAACCCGUAAAUAACUGGGAAAUCUAACAAAAUCUGGGAAAAAUUUGUAAAAUCUAGUAAAAUUUAAAAAAUCUGACGAAAGAUCUGGUUACCCUCUCAGUAGGCGGUUCUAUUUUGUUGGUCGUUGAGCGCUUGUUGAACAACAUACUGCAUGAAAUAUUCGUUCAGUUUGCUGGAACGGUUUGUUGUUGUCUUUUCUCUUGCAAAACUAUAGUGUGAAAAUUAGGUGUUACCUUCAUAUAGAAAUACAUUUUUUUGUUUUUCUACGUGAAGUAAAAGUAUUGUGCAGGUAUGUAGUGUUAGUUUAAAGAAAUAAGUGGAAAUAACUUCAGAAAUUCUCCAGCAAAACUAGUCCAAUGGGGCUCCAACUCCUCAUAUUAAAAACGAUGCAACAAUGAACCUCUGUCAGCCGGGUUUGUUGAACGAAAAAAUGACAUUCGGUUCAACGGUAUGUUUCAAAAUCGGCAAACAAACGACCCGUGUUGAUUGGACGUUCAUUGGACCAGUGAUCCAACGUGUUGGACCAACGAAGAACCUCCGUUGAAGGUUUUUUGCUAAGAGGGGAGUUAGAGUGUCUGACGAAGCGAGAAAUAUCUGCCAUUUGCCAGAUAAAUCUGGCAAACUGGCAACGCUGAUCGUGAACUAGUUGCCUCAGUAAUCAGGCCCGUACCCAGGAUUUCGUUUCGGGAGGGGCCCAAAGAUGAAAAAUAAUGUUACUGAAGAUUGCUGACGUACCUGAUUCUCGGUGUGCCUUUUAUGUUACGGGUGUUCUUAACAGACACUUUGAACUUUUUCACUGGAACUGUUAUUGUAUUACAUUUCUUUACAUUUACUGUCUUGUUAUUUCUGUAACAUGUCUGAGAUUUUCUAAAUAGUUAAAUAUCUGUUUUUGAUUUCGGGAGGGGCCAGGGCCCCUCGGGCCCCCCCUCUG